CAGACUCCCCCUGGUUGACUCCAGUAUCUGUGCAAAGAUUGUCAUUUUGGAUUUUUUGUAAGAAAAAAAAAAUCAACCGGGUGGUGGUGGCGCACGCCUUUAAUCCCAGCACUCGGGAGGCAGAGGCAGGCGGAUCUUUGUGAGUUCGAGGCCAACCUGGUCUACAGAGCGAGAUCCAGGACAGCCAGAGCUACACAGAGAAACCCUGUCUGGGGCGGGGCGGGGGGAGAAAAAAAGAAAAAAAAUCUAUGGCAGUCACGCUGUGAGACUUAAAGAGGCUUUCUGAUCUAGGACUCCCUCCUGCGGCCCCUAGGGGUUGGAGGUAGACUGGCGUCACUAGGACUUGGGCAUUUUAUACAGCACCCCCAAAUACAGCGACGUAUUUGAAGCAACAAUCCCCAAAGUCUGAGCUCACUCAAGAACCCCGGACUCAGAAAAGACGAGUCCUAACACCCUAGUGUAAAAAAGUCACAUUCUUGGGAACUGAAAAACUACCCGGAAGCCUUGGCAUUAGGUCCUUCCGCUGUACAAAGGCCUCGGGGCCCCGUCUUCACCUCCUCGGGGGUGAAGGGCCUUUGAAGGUUGCCAAUCAAAUUGGGGAGCUCAGAUGUUGCUUUAGGGGGGCAGUUUGGCACAGCUCGAAGAUGGAACAUGGGCAGAAGAGCAAGGGACUCUUGCACAAGCUUGGUGAUCGAAGCCCUGAGGAGAGAAAAGUGACGGGCGACGACCUGAGAAGAUAUAGGAGUCCACCUGAGUUGCUGGAGAGGAGCAGCAGGGGAAGAGGGUAGACCAGCCAGAAUUCCCGGGCCACUUCCCGUGUGAGGCGUGUGAGACAGCAAGGUGCGGGUGGCUCAAACAGCGAGUCAGUUUUGCUUCAGGGGUACAGAACACUUCCCAAGAGCCCGUAGGUAAAGAAUGGCUUGGCCCUACCCAACUCAGCAAACUGAGGGGCCCCAAGGGUAAAGCUGUAAAGCUGUAGACUUUCUGCACACCAGCCAGCCUGAAGAGGGCGCUGCAGGGUGCUGCGUGGGGGACCAAGCUCUGGCCCCCAUACAUUGGACUUUCACAGCGAGGAUUCAAGUUGGCUUAAGCGUGGUUUUACCCAGAUGCCUGGCUGUUCCUGGAAAGUUGGUUGGGUUUCCUGCCUGAGAGCCGGGGCUAAGCAGGAGGGCUGGCCUUGGAUGCCAGGCCAGGCUGUCAGCGGGAGGUAUGAGGCAGGUGCCCUUUGGAAAUCGGCCCUCCCGGACUUCUAGACCUCGGCCGACCCUGAUGGAAGGAAGAGGGGGCAGGGCCCAGUAGGACACGUCUGUUGUUGCUGCUUUCCAGGCUGUGUGAACUGCAGGGCUGUCAGAAAACAAUCUUAACCUGUUUCCUGGAGCAUCUGAUUACGGGACUGGAGCUCCGAGGUCAGGAACAACGUAAAUGGCUCGACUCCCUGUGGGCAUCCGCUUCAUCAUCGCCUUCUCCAGGGAUCAGUGGUACCGGGCCUUCAUUUUCGUGCUGACAUUCCUGCUUUACGCCAGCUUCCACUUAUCCCGAAAGCCUAUCAGCAUAGUGAAGGGCGAGCUCCAUAAGCAGUGUGCUGCAGGGGAUGAGCCUGAGCCCAGAUUCAGUGGCCGGAGCAGCAGUUCCAGGCAUGGCCCCACCCACUGGCUCCUGGACAACGAGACCGACUGUGGCUGGGCCCCUUUUGAUAAGAACAACUACCAGCAGCUACUUGGAGCCCUGGAUUACUCCUUCCUGUGCGCCUAUGCCAUUGGGAUGUACCUGAGUGGCAUAAUAGGGGAACGCCUGCCGAUUAGGUAUUACCUGACAUUUGGGAUGCUGGCCAGUGGCGCCUUCACAGCCCUGUUCGGCGUGGGCUAUUUCUAUAACAUCCACAGCUUGGGAUUCUACGUGAUGACCCAGAUCCUUAACGGGCUGGUGCAGACCACAGGCUGGCCGAGUGUCGUCACGUGCCUCAGCAACUGGUUUGGAAAAGGAAGGCGUGGCCUGAUCAUGGGGAUUUGGAACUCCCACACCUCCGUGGGCAACAUUCUGGGGUCCUUGAUUGCCGGCUACUGGGUGUCCACAUGCUGGGGACUGUCGUUUAUCGUGCCCGGGGCCAUCGUGGCAGCCAUGGGGAUCGUGUGCUUUCUCUUUCUCAUUGAACAUCCGAAGGACAUCAGGUGCUCCUCCACCCUGCCCACGCAUUCCAAAGUCUCUGAGAACGGAAUCAACAGAUUUAGACUGCAGAAGCAAACCACGCACACCGAAAAGAACGGACCUCUGGACCCAGAGCUGCAAUGCUUACUGCUCUCUGAUGGGAAGAGCCCCCUCCACCCGAGCCACAUCGUUGUCCUUCCCGGUGACGGCAGCGGCAGCAUGGCGGCCAUCAGCUUCACAGGAGCCCUGAGGAUCCCGGGCGUGAUUGAGUUCUCUCUGUGCUUGCUGUUCGCCAAGCUGGUCAGCUACACAUUCCUGUUCUGGCUCCCGCUGUACAUCACCAGUGUCGAUCACCUGGAUGCCAAGAAAGCUGGGGAGCUGUCCACACUGUUUGACGUGGGCGGGAUCUUCGGUGGGAUCCUAGCAGGUGUGAUCUCCGACCGCCUGGAAAAGCGAGCCUCCACCUGCGGUCUGAUGCUGCUGCUGGCGGCACCCACGCUCUAUGUCUUCUCCUCCGUCAGCAAAAUGGGACUGGAAGCCACCAUCGCCAUGCUGCUCCUCAGUGGGGCCCUGGUCAGCGGGCCCUAUGCACUGAUUACCACGGCCGUCUCUGCAGACCUGGGGACUCACAAAAGUCUGAAAGGGAACUCUCACGCCCUGUCCACCGUGACGGCCAUCAUCGACGGCACUGGGUCUGUAGGAGCUGCCUUGGGUCCCCUACUGGCGGGGCUCAUCUCCCCUUCAGGAUGGAGUAAUGUGUUCUACAUGCUGAUGUUUGCAGACGCCUGUGCCUUACUGUUCCUGAUCCGCCUCAUACACAAGGAACUGAGUUGUCCAGGGCCGGCUGCAGGGAUCCAGGCUCCGCUGAAGGAACACUGACCGUGAGUCCUCCGGAGUGCCCGGGCCCGUCUUAGACACACACACUGUCUUUGGAAAAGCUGAAAGGAAGGAUCCUGUCAUAAAAAAGAAAGACUCGCCUUUGCACGUGCAUCUGGGAGCGACUCACAAGCUACCCUGAGACUUGCUGGACAGACAGACAUGGAGCUCAGAAUGACAGUGGGGAGCCUGCCUGGCUGUGUCCCACUGCCUUAAUGGGCCAAGGCCCAAUGACCCAGCCAGCCCCAGCCUGGCAGGUGCGUGGUGCCCGCUAGCCACUGAACUCUAGCCUGUACAGUGCCAGGAAGGACUGGCCUGCAGCGCCCAGGCAGCCCACCCCUCUCAGGUACCCAGUGCAGAAUGUUUAUAGCCUGUGAGCCCAGGCCAUCCCACUCUCCUGUGUCCUGAAUGUGCAGGGUGAAAGGACAGGACAUGUCACAAAUGUCUCAUCAAGUAACCAACAGUAUGAGAAAGCCCAAUUACAGACAGAAACUGAGAUGGAGUCCACACCCAGCAGUCACGAAGACCCAUGCUCGGUACCAACCAGGAAACUGGUCAUGUCAAGAUGUGAAUGAGUGUGAAGCAAUAAGCCCCCCAACAAGACGGGGGCGCUGGGAAGGCCAGUCCCAAAGCUUGUGUCGUGGUCCCCUGCAGGACUGAGAGAGCACAGAAACUGGGGAGGGGGCUUCAUGGGGUACCAGAAGCAAUGGGUCCCACCCAGCCGUCCCUCUUACCCCAGACACCUGGGCUGUUUCUAGACCCACAGGGAUUAUUUAUUUUAAAUGUAUAAUGUGCUAUAUAGAUUUUAAGAGAUAUAAAUGGGGUUUUCUUAUUUAUUGAGACAAACUAUGAUUGUUCUGUGGCCAUUUGUCGUCUUGGUUGUAUGUAUCUGCUCUUUGAAAUAAAUGAGUUUUUAUUUUAAAAAAUG